AUGCCCGUCAUUCACAUCGUCCUCGUCAAGGUCAAGUCGGCCGUGCUCUCCAACGGCUUCGACGAGCUCAAGCAGAAGUGCGAGACGCUCAAGGAUCUUCCCAUCGCCGCUUCCAAGGCCACCGAGAUCAAGUGGGGGCCGCCUGCCUAUCCCGGCCGCAACGAGGGAUACAACUGGGGUCUCUACAGCGUCUUUGCAACGCGCGAGGACUACGAGGCGUACCGCGACGACGACGAGCACCGAAACUUCUCCAAGACGGUCCUGCUGCCCAACGUCGACGGCAUCCUGGCCUACGACUUUGACAUCUGA